ACAGUUUCAUUGGUGGUUGGGCGGUGCACUCAGAGAUUCAGGAGGGGAUUCUCCUCCUCCCCCAUCACUGUCGCCGGGAUACUGCUGCCAGAAGAACACAGCGCAGGGAGGGACUGUCUGGGUGAUGUGAUGUGGAAGUAGACUAGGCUAUUGAACUGAACGUCCAUCCUCCCUAUAUGGCACCAUGAACCCUGCCUCAAGCGGCGCUGCCGACUCCCGCAGCCAGCUAGACAAUAGCAAUAGAAAACAACAGCAACAGCGAGCUUCCUCUCCGGCUGGCGGCAAAGACACUGGAUCUAAAGAGACACCUAAAAGCAGCACUCCGUCAAAGAGCAUCACGUCAAAGCAGUGCGGAGGAGGGAGAGGCAGCCGCGUCAGCUCCCCGGUCUCCACGGCAACCAGCAAAGACAGACAGUCUUCCUCUUCCACAGGCGCGGCAAGCGUGGCAGGCGCGGCCCCUGUCCAGCCCGGAGGUGCUGAAAUCCAGACGUUGAGCAGGGCGGCGGCGGCGGCUGGGAGCAGCAGAGGAGCGGCAGAGGAGGGCAGUAGUCAGUCUGAAGACUCGCGUUGCACUGACAUAUCGUGCUUUAAGGGGGAUACAACACGGGUUGUUUCUGAUCAGCCUUGUUCAUCCAAAUCUCCUAAAUUGAAGAACAAUAACCCGAGAGGAGAGGGAGGAGGAGGAGCUAGCAGCACAGCGACCGGCAACAAAAAGAGCUCCAGCAAGAGAAGUGUGGGCUGCGGCCCUGGGUUCUGGAGAGAGGGAUGUUUGCAGUCUGAGCUGAUCCAGUUUCACCUGAAUAAGAGCUUAAAGAAAGGAGGAGGCAAGAUGCAGACGAAGACACUGUCUCCCCCGGAGCCCGUUACAGAAAUGGCGGAACCAGAGGAUCUCACCCCUGAGGCCAUCGUUAACGAGCCCGAGCCGGUACCUGAGCCUGACCAGCUAUUUCAGGAGGAGAUAGAGAAGCUGGAGGAUGAAAAUGAUGAGCUAAAGACUGAGAUAGAGGAGAUGAGAGUGGAGAUGGAUGAGAUGAGAGACACGUUCUAUGAAGAGGACGCGUGCCAGCUGCAGGACAUGCGUCGCGAGCUGGAGCGAGCCAAUAAGAACUGCCGGAUUCUCCAGUACCGUCUGAGGAAGGCGGAGAGGAAGAGGAUGAGGUUCGCCCAGACCGGAGAGGUAGACGGAGAGCUACUGAGGGCCCUGGAGCAGGACUUGAAGGUAGCGAAGGAUGUGUCAGUGCGUCUGCACCAUGAGUUGGAGAACGUGGAGGAGAAGAGGACGAAGACGGAGGAGGAGAACGAGAAGCUGAGGCAAAAGCUGAUAGAGGUGGAGGUGACCAAGCAGGCCCUGCACAACCAGCUGGAGAAGGCCAAGGAGCUGUCACUGAAGAGAAGAGGAGGCAGGGAUGUUCAGAAAGAGAAAAGGAUUCCACAGACCCCAAUAGAGGAGGAAAAUGAGGAUCUGAAAUGCCAGCUGGCCUUCAUCAAGGAGGAAGCCGUUUUGAUGAGGAAGAAGAUGGCUAAAAUUGACAAGGAGAAGGACCGGCUGGAACACGAGCUGCAGAAGUACCGCUCCUUCUACGGGGACGUGGACAGCCCUGGGCCCAAGGGAGAGGCUGGGGGACCAGCCACCUCCCGGGAGUCAGAGCUGAAACUGAGGCUGAGACUGGUGGAGGAGGAAGCCAACAUCCUGGGGAGGAAGAUUGUAGAGCUGGAGGUGGAGAACAGAGGACUGAAGGCUGAACUGGAGGACAUGAGAGACAGGGAUGAGGUGGCUGGAGGCUCGGCUGAGCAUGGCUGCAGCAGGGAGCAGGGAGAGGAACUCAGGGAGCUAAGGCAACAGCUACAGCUGGUGGAAGACGAGGCAGAGCUACUUAGGAGGAACCUGCAGGAUGCAGAGGAGGACAACAACAAGGUGACGGGAGAGCUAAACAAGCUAAAGUACAAGGAGGGCUCCAGGCACGGUGCUGGUGGUGGGGCCGGGGCAGCUGCGGACCGGGCCAAGGUGGAGGUCCUGCAGGAGGAGCUAAAGGCUGCCAGGCUGCAGAUCAACGAGCUGAGUGGCAAGGUGAUGCAGAUGCAGUAUGAGAACCGGGUCCUCCUGUCCAACAUGCAGCGCUAUGACCUGGCAUCACACCUGGGCAUCAGGGCCAGCCCCCGGGAAAGUGACGCAGAGAGUGACGGAGGAGAUGACGCCUCCACCUCAUCACGCUUCCCACCCCACCGUAAACGCGAAGGCCCCGUCGGAGGGGAGAGCGACUCGGACGAGGUGCGUAACAUCCGGUGCCUGACCCCCACCCGCUCCCUGUACUCCCCCGAGGGCCGCUUCCUCCCCCGCAGCCUGAAGGACCGGCAGCAGAUGAUGGACAUCCGUAUAGAAGCAGAGCGACUGGGCCGGACCAUCGAUAGGCUGAUAGCAGACACCAGUACCAUCAUCGCUGAGGCCCGGGUCUAUAUGGUCUCCAACGGGGAGCUUUAUGAGGAGGAAGGGAGCGCCGUCAGGGAGCAUGAGCUGCUGUACAGGAUCAACGCUCAGAUGAAGGCCUUCAGGAAGGAGCUGCAGGGCUUUAUAGACAGACUGGAUGUCCCCAAGUCAGAGGACAAGGAGGAUGAGGAACCACUGUCUAUGUUUCAACCCAUCAUUCUGCUGAUCCUCCUCCUCCUCCUGUUCUCCUCACUCUCCUAUACCACCAUCUUCAAACUCCUCUUCCUCUUCACGCUCUUCUUCGUCCUGUAACGUCCGUCUCACUUAGCAUAGACACAUACAGUGGGGAGAACAAGUAUUUGAUACACUGCCGAUUUUUCA